UUAUAUAACCUAAUAUUGAUGUUUGAGCCGUUAGAGUGUAGUCGGCUGCCCCCUGGAGGUAGUACGUUGCUGUCAUCUGCCUAGUUCACGGCCCUUCCAGUAAUUUGUCAUCCGCCGUUUACUGUGCCGGUACUUAAAGACUUGUUGGGCCGCGCAGGAUUUGUGUAAGGCGGCCAUCCGUCAGUGUCAGUCGUAGGACAUCGCGUGUGCGCUGUGCAGGCAUACGAUUCCGACUGUGGGAGUGUUGAGUCGGAACCUUACAGCGACUGGUUUGAACUCGUACAACUCCGACCGUGGUGAACCCGUUUGUGUCCCAGCCGGAACUUGAUAGUGGCCGCCAUGGCAAACGAUGGUUUGUCCGAUUGGGGCUCCGGCAACGGGAGCUGGCCCGCGGUCAACGCGUCCACGGCGUCCCCGUGGCCGGAGGAAGACGACGAUGGGUUCAUGGAAGACUACGAGUACGACCUGGAGACGGCGAUGGGCUUCUUCGACUGGUGGGAGCUCGUGCCCACGCUGGCCGUGUACGCCAUCACUAUGCUUUUGGGAGUGGCCGGCAACGCGCUCAUCAUCUUCACGACUGCGCGCUACCGCCGCAUGAAGUCCACCACCAACGUGUUCCUGUGCAGCCUCGCGUCGGCCGACCUGCUGCUGCUGCUCAUCUGCAUUCCUGUCAAGGUGUCGAUCAGCGACGUUAUGUGGGCAAAGUAG